UGAAACACAGCCAUGCAUGCCUGCGCAGACCUUUGUUUUGGGGAGAGCCCCACUGUGGUUUUAACUCUCCGUUUCCCUGAAGGCGCUCAGCCCUUCCUCACCACUGUGUAAAUGAGUGAGAGAUGACCCUCCCUUGGCAUCAUCUGCACCUCCUGAGGGUCCAGCAGCCGAGCGAAGGCGUGCGUCAGCACAGCGGUCCCUGCACAGAACAUGUGUUAGGGGGAUCUGUGCUUGCUGGCAACUUUCCACAGGCACUAUGAGCCGGGAUAUUUUUCUUAAAACAUUCUCACAACUGGUGUGAUGGCUUGAAACACAGCCAAGCUUUCCUUGUUCAUGGAGGCUCCGCAGAAGCACGAGCACAGAGGUGGACAAGAUGGCCCCGACGUGCCUGCGGCCCCUGCUGAGGUACCGGUCCUUCGCCAUCCUCUUCCUCACACCGCUGCUGCUGCUGCCGCUGCCGGUCGCUGUGCCGACGCGGGAGGCCAAGUGUGCAUAUAUCAUCAUCAUCAUGGCUGUGUACUGGUGCACUGAAGUGAUCCCACUGGCUGUUACCUCCCUCAUGCCUGUGGUAUUCUUCCCUCUGCUUGGAGUUCAGAGCUCUAAAUUGGUGUGUUUGCAGUACCUAAAUGACACAAACAUGCUCUUCGUUGGAGGGCUGAUUGUUGCAAUUUCUGUUGAACAGUGGAAUCUUCACAAAAGGAUUGCGCUGAGGGUCCUGCUAAUUCUCGGGGUGAAACCUGCACUCCUCAUGCUGGGAUUUAUGAUAGUCACUGCCUUCCUGUCCAUGUGGAUAAGUAACACAGCCACCACUGCUAUGAUGGUUCCCAUUGUCCAGGCUGUCCUGGAUCAAAUGGACAACACAGAGUAUGAUGUGACCAUGAUGGAACAACCAACUGGGCAAACAAAUACAGUGAUUGAGCUGGAGGAAAAGAAUGUGUCAGAUCCCACCUCAGUGCAUGUCAUAAGCAAUGGACAAGUCCUUGAUGACCCCAGAUCUUCUGAGGAAAAGAAAAUGAGGAAGCGUAUAUGUAAGGGAAUGACACUUUGUGUAUGCUAUGCUGCCAGCAUUGGAGGAACUGCAACGCUCACUGGAACAGGACCAAACAUGGUAUUGAAAGGCCAGAUGAAUCAGUUAUACCCCAACAAUAAUGAUAUUGUGAAUUUUGCUUCCUGGUUUGGGUUUGCAUUCCCAAACAUGAUUCUGAUGUUGGUACUAGCUUGGCUUUGGCUACAGUGCUCCUUCAUGGGACUCAACUUUAAAAAAAGCUGGGGCUGUGGGACAGAGAGAACUGCUAAAGAAAAAGCUGCAUACAACGUGCUGAAGGCAGAAAUGAAGAAAUUAGGCCCUAUUUCUUAUGCUGAAUUCAAUGUCCUCCUAAUGUUUGUUUUGCUGGUUCUCUUGUGGUUUUCACGACACCCAGGCUUUGUAAAAGGCUGGGCCACCAGCCUCUUCCCAGAAGGAGAAAAGUAUAUCACUGAUUCUGCUCCUGCUGUGUUUAUUGCCCUGCUACUGUUUAUCCUUCCUGCUAAUAAACCCAAAUUCAUAGGCUGGAAUCCAAGCAUGUCUGACCCUGAACAGACUGAAGAAGAUAUAAAAAAGCCAUUUUUAUCAGCCCCGCUGCUAGACUGGAAUGUGGUUCAGAGGAAGAUGCCCUGGAGCAUUGUGCUGCUGCUGGGAGGAGGUUUUGCUUUGGCUGAUGCAAGCGCAAACUCUGGGCUCUCAGCUUGGCUGGGUCAUCAAAUGACUCCACUAGGAUCUAUCCCACCGUGGGCCAUUGCAACAGUUCUGUCGCUUAUUAUAGCUGUCUUCACUGAAUGCACCAGUAACGUUGCCACAGCCACCCUCUUCCUACCUGUCUUUUCAUCCAUGGCUGCAUCUGUCAAGAUCCAUCCUUUGUAUGUUAUGCUGCCUGGUACUCUCAGUGCUUCCUUUGCCUUCAUGCUACCUGUUGCAACACCACCAAACGCGAUAGUGUUUUCCUAUGGCCACAUCCGUGUUUUGGAUAUGGUUAGAUCUGGAAUAGUGAUGAACAUCAUUGGAGUCUUCUGUGUCACACUGGCCAUCAACACAUGGGGAAGACCUAUGUUUGAGCUGGACACAUUCCCAACGUGGGCAAACAGCACAACUAACCAGUGAGCAGUGAAGAAUUCAGGUGUUAAACAAGGAAAAGACCCUUAAUACUACUCCCUAUUGCCCGAAGCCCUAUAUAGAGUCUCAUCACCACUUCAGAAUGAGUGUCAAGUGUUUGCUACCUUCCGGGAGUCACACGUCAGUUCUGGCAUGAACCAACUCAAAUUUAUUCCAGUUGUGCUGGAGCCAAAAGUACUGUUUAAUUCACAGCCCUAAGGAUCAUUGUAUGGAUCAUAAGUAUGAUCAAGUGAUCCGUUGUACCUCCAAUCAAGGUCAAGAUUUAGAAUUUAUCGAACUUUAAAUAAAGAGAGGGCAGGCUGUUGUAUCAAAUGGUUUGAACUAUGGUAUCACUGAUAUGUGCUUGUAAAUCGUUAGCAUUGAACACUGCACUCAGGCAGUGGCUGAAAAUUCAUUAACUGUUACUUAUAUCCACAAGUUAGCAGCCGUACAGAGAAAUCCGUGUUGUCACUUGUCUAAUGAAAGAAGGGAUAUGUUAUGUUAUGUUAUGUUUUCAGUCAGGCCUCAGCCAUGUGGUAGAAUCCUUCCAAGUAUCCAACACAUUUUCCAUUGCCUUGUUUUCACUCCCAAAUCUCACAGCAUUUGGACACCCUUAGUGUAAUUCCAUGCUGGUCGUGAUUCCGCUGAUGUCUUGGGCAAUGAUGGGUUAAGGCUGGCUUUGUGUUUCUUGCACUGUGGCACUGGCAGGGCCAGGAACCUUUCCCUCUCUCAGCCACAGGACGUGGUUUCACAUGCCAAUCAGUGUUUUGUUAGUGCCAGCCUGGAAAUGACCAGUGGCCUAUUGUGAAAGUUCCUGGAUUAGCCCCUGAUGUGCCUUAUUAAUUAACUCUGGAAUUUUGGAGUGGAGACAAGGCAUGAGAAAGGCUUUAAUUGAAGCCCUUGUAAAAAUGUAGAGGCCUAGAUAUUAGGGCUUGUGCUGGCUGACAGCAAUGGGAGUUGUCUUGUGUACUUUGGAAUUCAAGUCCUGUAAGAAAAGUGUUUCGUAGCACCUGUUUAUGUCAUUUCUGAAGCAGAAGUAGUCUACAGAAAGAUUGGUGUUGGACUACAUGUAUUUUGUCAGUGGUACGUAGAUGCUUUUCAUUCAGCCCUGGGAGUGAAGUUGGGUGGGAGGUAAGGCAGCGUGUUACAGGGGAGAGCUCUGUGGGCAUGACCUGAGUUCUGCUCCCACACUUGCUGUGCAGCCUCAUGCAAGUCGGUUCACCUCUUUUCUCCCCAGUUCCCCCUCCUGAAGAAGAGGUCAUGGUACCUAUCUACCUCACAAGGGUGUUGUGAGGACAUAAGGGUCAAAUUCCACAUCCGUUGUGAUUCCCCACCUCAUAAUAAGAGGUGCAAAGUAGAAGUCAUAGAAAUCUGGCCAGAGAAUUCUGGGCAGAUCAUCUGUCCUGUAGCAUAGUAGUAUGUGUAGGAUAUUUAUCAGUUUUGUUAUUAACGUGAAAGUUCUUUAUAGAACUGGAAAAAUAUUCACAUUUUUGCCUUUAAAAGAGAGGAAAGUAUUUAUCCACAAAAUGACCAGGUGCUUUUCUGAGCAGAUGACUGCUUCAAGAAUGAUUUGAUUUUUGUGCCUUUAUCUUCUGUGCUCUUUCAAGGUGCUGGGCACCAUAAGCUCUCCACUGACUGCAGCCUCAUGCUUCCUGCAUGGAACUGUGGGGCAUGUGGAUAAACACUGUUCCACUUGCAGAGCCUUAUCUAAAGAAGAGGCCAGUUCUAGUGCCAAGAAGCAGCUUGGUCACAGACAUUUGUCACCUCAUGAAGCUUAUCACAAUAUUUGUUUGAAGAAAUUGAAGCCAGGAACAGUUAAGCACCUUCUGUGCUUUGGUGGUCACCACUUAAUGAUGAUUUACAUCCGUUAGGUAUGUAAAUGCAUUUGAGAAAGGGACUUUUUCUGCCUUCUGAUGGACUUCACAGUAUGAGGAUGUUUUACCACUGCCAGGUACUUCAUGGUACGAGCUCUUCCCUAGUGCAAGUAACGUACACCGGAGCUUGCAUGGGUACACUGGGCUUGCCUGUCGCAAUUCAUGCAGAUCAAAACUCCUCUAAAACUGGUUUUCAGCUAAAAGCUGUAGGACAGAUACUUCCCUGUCCCAUUUGCAGAAAGGAAUGUUCUGAAAAAGUGCCCUCAUCUCAGCUACGGAAGAGUUUCCCUCUGUUGCUGUGCAAGUAGAAAACAAAUGUCAUUUUCAUCAGUGAUCACACAGGGUCAUUUAUUGACAGGAGUGCCGGGGCCAGGGGAAUGUGCCUAUGGGGUAAUAAAGAAUACUGCGUUUAUUAUAACUGUGGUUUAUUUGAUGUGUCACCUCUCUGUCCUCUUAAUAGCAAAUGCUUCUUUAUGAGACACUUUUAUGACAUGCUGUGACUGAUUUGUAUUUAAUUUAAUUGGGUGAGUUGCAGAAUUAGAGCCUGGCAAAUAAAAAAAUCACUAGA